ACAAACCUUAUCUUCAGAUAUGAGAUAAAAGGACGUGUAGCAAUAUAUUUCCUGUCUUUGCGGUCAUGAAACUUUGAGGUGAUCGUAUUGUCAUGGCUGGGGGAAGAGCUAGAGUUAUCUUUAGGCAGUUAUUUGACUUGGAGUCUUAUACUUACACUUAUUUACUGGGAUGUCCCAAGACCAGGGCUGCAGUUAUUAUUGAUCCAGUUGAUACUCAAAGCUUUAACUUAANAAGAAGUAAGAUCCUGUCACUGCCUGAAGAUUAUUUGCUCUAUCCUGCUCACGACUAUUAUGGUGUGACAACCACCACUGUUGGUGAGGAAUUGAAGUACAACCCACGACUUACUAAAUCAAAACAAGAGUUUGUUCAGAUCAUGGAGGCUCUUGGAUUGACAAGACCAGCUAAAAUGGGUAACCACGGUGAUUUCAUGUAUCUAUAA